CAUUCAUUUGUGCUCUGCAUAAAAUCAGCGUGAAAGAGAGUCAAAUAUCUGUAUUGUGGGAGUGAUAUGUAUGAAGGGUUAGCUGGCUGGCUUGAUAUGAUCAAACACAUUUUGGAUAUCAAGCUGGACUAAUGUAAUUUCAGUAAAGGAGAGAUUUCUUCAAAAGACAGUUAAGCUGUGGUCACCAUCUAUCAACUACCAUGUCGUCAUCUCAGCCAGACAAGUUUGAACCAUUGGUUGAGAAUCUAGAGAGGUUUAUUGAAAUCACCCGGCAGCUGGGACUUGUCGUCAGUGACUUCCAGCCACAAGGACAAGCACCUCUAAACCAAAAGCUACACAUGCUGGUGAGCAGUCUUCAAGAACUAGACAAAAACAAGGAGCAAGUCCAAGAUGUACAGGUUCCAUUAGAGCUCAUCUAUGAAUAUGUUGACCAAGGCAAGAAUCCUCAGCUGUACACAAAGGACUGCAUGGAGAGAGCUGUAGCUAAGAAUGAACUGGUUAAAGGAAAGAUAGAAACAUUCAGGAGAUUCAAGAAGGCUCUUGUCACAGAGCUGGGUAAAAUGUUUCCAGAAGAGAUUGACCGUUACAAGACCGUCAGAGGUAGCGACACAUGAACGGAGCAGUUCAGCAAGAAUUCUAUUGACUUGUGAAAGGACAGUGAACCAUGCCGUGUUAAAGAACAGUGAAGUUUUUCCAUUGCCCGUUCAGGAUUACCAAAGGAGAUGGUGAGAACCGUUUCCCACGAUGAAUACAUGAAUGGAGGCAAUGUUAUAGAUGCAAUGGAUAACAUGAUGGGAUACUGAGCUUACACUGUAAGGAGUAGGGAAAUGAUGUGUUGUACACACAAUGGAAUUGUUGAUGGAACUUCUCUUCAGAUAGAUGCCAUUAACGAUGUGUGGGAAUGCAUGUUUAAUGGAAGAGUCGGUUGCCAACUUCAUACUCGGGUUUGAAAUCGGACUGGAAAUGAUUUGUGCCGAGAGUAUAAUAAAUGAGAUCUGUGCGAGUCCUUCAUUGAAGAAUUCCUGCGAAUGUUUGCCCAAAGCACAUAUAGAUGAAGAUGUUGCCUUUAUUCACCAACAGAAGUGAACUCAUGAGAUAUAACAAGUCCAUUUUAUUUCUUUUACUUGGACCAAUUACAAUGUAGAAUCGACUUUAAUUCAAUAUACAAUUUUGUAUCAGUUCUUGCCCAUAUUAGCUUUAGUCCAGUCCUCUUUCACUAUCUCUCUUUCUCUUCCUUCACUAUCUCUCUCUUUCCCUCUUUUACUUUUUCUCUUGAUAUGCAGAUGAAACCAACUGUGAUCACAUGACCCCCAAAUUUACCAUAUUUUAAUAAAUAUAGUCACAAAGUGUAAUUUGCAUGUGCAAGUCCAAACGUUUGAAUAAUUUGGUGUCCUAUAUGUGGAUUUUGGGGUCCCAGGCGCCUGUUAAGUUCUGCCAAAAGUAUCGUUUUACUUGACAUUUUUGUCUCAUCCAAGCUCUUAAAGACAUUGAAAAUUGGCAAAAUUAUCAGAUUCAAUAAAAUCUAAGACGUAGGUAAUUUAUUGGACAUAUGGCUUGAACUGUUAAUGCUGGAAGUAGAGGGAUUGUCUGAAGGUACAGACAAGGCAACAAGAUAACUAGAAUAUGGAAGAA